AUGGAGACUUCCCAAUAUUCCGAGCUACCUGCUAGAACGGCAGAGUUGCUCCAAGGCUCAGGGCCAGCUGCUGAGACUCUAAAUGCACGCCUUGAGCAUUUUGCCUCCAUGCAACUACGAAUACCCGACAAAGAUGGAGAUUCAGAAGUCCUCGAUGGAGUCACCUUUGUACAUCAUUUUGUCAAAGCUCCCGGAGACUACGAUCUGAUUUCCUGGCACUAUGUUGAAGCUGGAGAGGGGGAACCUAUCGUGUUCCUACACGGAAUCCCGUCCACUUGGUAUAUGUGGCAUCACCAAAUGGCUGGCUUAGCAAGUACGCACCGCUGCAUUGGAGUUGAUCUAAAAGGAUACGGUCAAUCCGAGAAGACACCAGGAGACUACACCCAUGAAGGUGCGGCAGAACAGCUGUACGCCAUGCUCCUGCAGAUUGGUGUCGAUAAAUUCAAUCUUGUCAGUCAUGACCGAGGAACUGUCCAAGCCGAUUUCAUUGUGGCGAAACAUCCCAACAAUAUUCUUCGCUACGGUCGUGGUGAACAACAUUUGUAUCACUUUAAUCCCAGCGUUGCUCCGCAGGAAGAGCAGUUCCGCAACGCACCUUGGACGGGUAUCAUGGAAGACCCUAAAAGGCUUGUUCUGUGGGCGUACACAUGGCUGGCAGUCUUACCCAUUCCCGACAAUGAAAUGAUCCGGAUCAUACAAGAAUGGUCUUACCCUGACAUCAGCCGCUCAGCACAACGAUAUUUUCUGUGUUCGACGUUCCGAAACGAGUGGUUGGCAAGACGUCGUACGCUACUAAAAUCUUGGAUAUGUCCAGUGUUGAUCAUGCAAGGCUUUGAUAGCAAAACAGAGCCGCGCGAAUGGUAUGAAAAGGCUCGUGAAUACAUACCGAACUCUCCAGGUGUAUUGGUAGACUUUUUACCAGGGGGACACUUUUGGGCACAAGAAAGUCCUGAAGAGACUACGGGUGCAAUUCGAAAGCUUCUCCAGAUGUAA